AUGGGAGCUCAUGGAAGCCGUGAGUCCCAGCGCCCCAAGGCCUUCACAAAGGGCGGAGGCGACGUUGUGGUGAGCAUGAGCAAGCCUAUGAUGUUGGACACUCCGAGGCGAAGCGAGGAUGACUCGAAGGGGCUUAGGGAGGUCAACCCGACGUGGACGCUGUUCAUCAUACUGCAGGUGCACGACGCUGGGCACUCAGGAGCACUUGAGAAGACCUUCAAGAUAAUGCAGCUGCCUCUCACGGACUUGGCAGUCUUCGUCAACGUUGAUUCGAUUUUUCGUGUGUCCCUUUACGCCGCUCGAGACAAGGAAACUGUUCAGAAGCUGCUGGAUACAGAUGACUAUCUUUCCAAUCUAGAGGAGUUGCCAGUGAUGCCGACUGGGACCGAGCGAACGUUGAAGUCGUUUGCCAGUGAUGACUCUGAACCUGCGAGCCCGGCUACUUCCACGAGAAGCAGUCAGAUGUACGCAGACGCAUACUUGGCUGGGGAGUGUGUGGUCCCUGUUCGGGCUGUGGGAGAGAGGUUUGGCAGCGGCAUGGUGAUGCAGUGGAUCGCUCUAGAUAGUAAAGGCCUGCGGACCGACGGGUGUCUCGAAGGGGACGGCUGCACUCAAGUUGCCAAGGGCUCGCGGUCGCUUACUAGCAGUCCUAAUAGAGACUGCAUCCUUGCAUCCCUACGAGAGUACAAGGCAUUGAGUGUUGAUUGUGUCCGACAGGCCAUGGUAAUUGACAGCUAUGAGCAGUUCUGUGACUUUGCUGCUGCCAUCAUGUCUCGAGACGUUGAAGCUUGA